AUGCUGCCGCUGUCCUGCGGUCGCCUCCGGCGGCUCCUGCGUCACGCCCACUCCCCCACCCUUCAGACCAGCCUGCUGCUGCUCUUCCUCUUCUGCAUGGUCAGCGUCCUGGUUUCCGCCUACUUCCUCUACGGAGCCAAGCGGGACCUGGAGCCGGCGGCCGGGGGCGUGGUGGGGCCGGAGGAGGGCACCGCCGACUGGGACGACCCCCGGGGCGCCACACCUUCCUCCUCAUCCUCCCGGGUGCUCCCCCCACGCACCGCCCGGCCGUCAGACGCGUUGCGUACCGCCCCAGUGGUGCUGGUGUUCGUGGAGAGCCUGUACUCUCAGCUGGGCCAGGACAUCGUGGCCAUUCUGGAGUCUGGCCGCUUCCGCUACCGGAUUGAGAUCGCACCGGGGAAGGGGGACAUGCCCACUUUGACGGACAAGGACAGAGGCCGUUUCACGCUGGUUAUCUACGAGAACAUCCUGAAGUACGUCAACCUGGAUGCCUGGAACAGAGACCUGCUGGACAAGUACUGUGUGGAGUACGGAGUGGGCAUUGUAGGCUUCUUUAAGGCCAACGAGAACAGCCUGCUCAGUGCUCAGUUGAAGGGCUUCCCGCUCUUUCUCCACUCCAACCUGGGCCUGAGGGAUUGCAGCGUUAACCCCAAGUCCCCCCUGCUCCUCAUCACCAAGGCCCGGGAGGUGGAGCGAGGACCCCUGCCCGGAGAGGACUGGACCGUCUUCCAGUCCAACCACUCCACCUAUGAGCCUGUUCUCCUCGCCAGGACCCGGUUGCCCGACCUGAGCCCGUCCGGCGCGGGAACGGGGCUGGGGGGCCCCCUCCAUGCCUCGGUGAUCCAGGACCUGGGUCUCCAUGACGGCAUCCAGCGGGUGCUCUUCGGCAACAACCUCAACUUCUGGCUGCACAAGCUGGUGUUCGUGGACGCCGUGGCCUUCCUGACCGGCAAGCGGCUAUCGCUAGCUCUGGACCGCUACCUGCUGGUGGACAUCGACGACAUCUUCGUGGGCAAGGAGGGCACCCGCAUGAAGGUCUCGGACGUCAAGGCCCUGCUGGAGACUCAGAAUGACCUCAGAACAUUCGUCCCCAACUUCACUUUCAACCUUGGCUUCUCUGGAAAGUUCUUCCAUGCUGGUACAGAUGAAGAGGACGUUGGGGACGACCUGCUCCUCUCCUACAGCAAGGAGUUCUGGUGGUUCCCUCACAUGUGGAGCCACAUGCAACCUCACCUCUUCCACAACCAGUCAGUUCUGGCCGAACAGAUGCUGCUCAACCGGAGGUUUGCACAGGAGCAUGGCAUCCCCACCAACAUGGGCUACGCUGUGGCCCCCCACCACUCCGGAGUCUACCCCAUCCACGUCCAGCUGUACGACGCCUGGAAGAAGGUCUGGGGGAUCAGGGUGACAAGCACGGAGGAGUACCCCCACCUGAAACCUGCCCGCUUCAGACGAGGCUUCUACCACAGUGGCAUCAGCGUGCUUCCAAGGCAGACAUGUGGCCUGUUCACUCACACCAUCUUCUACAACGAGUAUCCCGGAGGACCCAAGGAGCUGGACAAACUAAUCAAUGGGGGGGAGCUCUUCCUCACGGUCCUCCUAAACCCGAUCAGCAUCUUCAUGACUCACCUGUCCAACUACGGGAACGACCGGCUCGGCCUGUACACCUUCAAGAACCUGGUCAAGUUCCUCCAGACGUGGACCAACCUGAGGCUGCAGACGCUGGCCCCCAUACAGCUAGCACAGCGCUACUUCCAGAUCUUUCCAGAGGAGAGGGACCCAAUCUGGCAGGACCCCUGUGAGGACAAAAGGCACAAAGAUAUUUGGUCAAAAGAGAAGACAUGUGACAGAUUCCCAAAGCUACUUAUCAUUGGUCCACAGAAGACAGGUACCACAGCCCUCUAUUUGUUCCUGGGAAUGCAUCCUGAUCUGACCAGUAACUACCCCAGCAAGGAGACCUUUGAAGAGAUCCAGUUCUUCAAUGGCCACAACUAUCACAGAGGCAUUGACUGGUACAUGGAGUACUUCCCCCUCCCAUCCAACACUAGCUCAGAUUUCUACUUUGAGAAGAGCGCCAACUACUUUGACUCGGAGGUGGCAGCGCGUCGGGCAGCUGCCCUCCUGCCCAAGGCCAAAGUCAUCACCAUCCUCAUCAACCCUGCAGACAGGGCCUACUCGUGGUACCAGCACCAGCGCGCCCACGAUGACGCCGUCGCCCUUAAGUACACAUUUCACGACGUCAUCACGGCUGGCCGAGACGCCCCUGUCAAGCUGCGGGUGCUCCAGAACCGCUGUCUGGUGCCGGGCUGGUACGCCACCCAUCUGGAACGCUGGCUCAGCCACUACCACCCCAGCCAGAUCCUGGUUCUGGACGGUCAGAUGCUCAGAACGGAACCUGCUGCAGUGAUGGACAAGAUCCAGAAGUUCCUUGGGCUGACAAACACACUGAACUACCACAAGAUUUUAGCGUUCGAUCCUAAGAAAGGUUUCUGGUGCCAGCUGUUAGACGGAGGCAAGACCAAAUGCCUGGGCAAAAGUAAAGGGCGCAGGUACCCCGACAUGGACGUCGACUCUCGAUCCUUCCUGAGGGAGCACUACCGGGAUCACAACACAGAGCUGUCCAAGCUGCUCUAUAAAAUGAGCCAGCCUCUGCCCAGCUGGCUCAGGGAGGAGCUGCUCCACUCCAGGUAGCCUCAGCAUGGCUGGGUUACAAAAGGACAGGGACACCGCCACAACCUGCCCUUCCUGACCCCACCCAACAGAGGGGAUGUGCUCCCCCCCACGACGCCUCCGCACCAGUCAGCCAGCGCUCAGUUGGGGUGACCGGGAGCUAAGGAAGCGGGACCAGGGACCUCCGUUUGGGGUGCAGGAAUUCAGGAGGGGAACAUGAGGCACUGGCGAAGACGUGAACUUGAUUUCAGGAUUUUUCCAGUUCUUUCUCCCAGGAAGUGACAGUGUGCCCGCAGUGGGCAGAUACGCACAGCAACGCGGGUUGAUAAGAGAGGGGGUGCAGGUUCAAAAAGAUGGAUCAUUCCCUCGACUGGAACCGAUGUUCCAAUUCCGUCACUGACGUGUGCUCUCUGGCCCAGACUUCAUUUAUCUGUGCCAGUCAUGUAAAGUACACUAGCCAACAAUGGAUAUUCAAGUGCCAGAGGGGAAUGUUCAUUUGAAAGUAUUUCUGAAUUUAUAUUUUAUUAAUUAACACGCAUAUACCGCUGGAUGUCUGUACUGGUUUCCAAGUUGUUGUGGUCGCACAACGCAUUUUUUGAGCCUUGUACGUUCCUUUUAACUGUCCCAUGUUUUUAAUCUGUGUUCCUCUCAAAGCGUAAAUGGAGCCUAUGUAAAGCUCCCAGUGACCACACUGAUCCCUGUCCUUUGAUCAAGUCAAAUCACCUUUGUGGUGUCUUAGAUCUUCAGUUGUAAGACUCCACAGUACAGUGGAUGGAAAAAAUAUAAUUCCAAACGAGACAUGCUGCCCUUGCAUUGGCCAGUGGAAUGUUACCGCUUGUCCUUGGUUGUAAAACUGCCUUAAUAAUUCUAUAUUGAAACCUAUUUGCAAGUACAGCUUGACCCCACCAAUGUCAGUUGAAUACACUAGAAACUGUUGAUAAAUGUGACAUGAGAAAUGUAGCUGCAUGCGUAAAGGCCUUAAGGUGGAGGAUGCAAUUUAUCAGUCCGAGGAGACCGCCACCACCACCAUCCAAUGGUUCCCUGUACCAAGCUAGCAUAUCCUUCCACUGUUAAGAAUAGAUCACAGAGAGCACCAUGUUGGCCCAUUUUUCCCAACUGACCCUGACCGGUUAAUUCUGUUCCUGUAUUGGUACCUCCUGUGGUGCCUGGAAAAUUAGACAAUGGACAAGAGCAAAAUAGAACAAUAUCAGUUGAUCUGCUCCACUGAGGAUGUGAACUUAUGUCCUAGUUUACAAGCAUUCUCCCCUUUCACCUGGAAUGGCUUUGCCACAUGUACUCAAACCCAGCACACCCAGACAGCGGCAUUCACAGUCCCAUAUCUCCACAUCUUCGGAAACAUUUAGCUGUACAGGGGUGAAGUUAAAUAGUUUAGUGAACCUACUGGACCUGUUGGUGAUAUAAAUGGUUAUAGAAAGUGGUCCUCAUCCAUUUCUGUUGGUGGUGUGAAUGGCAGUAGCAAGUGGUUUUCAUCCAUCCCUUUCGGUGGUAUGUAUGGCCAUAUCAAGUGGUUCUCAUCUAUCCCUUUUGCUCGUGUUAAUGGCCAUAGCAAGUGGUUCUCAUCCACCCCUGUGGGUGAUAUAAAUGGCCAUGGGAAGUGGUCCUCAUACAUCCCUGUUGGUGGUGUGAAUGGCCUUAGGAUGUGGUCCUCAUCCAUCCCUGUUGGUGGUAUGAAUUGCCAUAUCAAGUGUUCCACAUCCAUCCCUGUUGGUGGUGUGAUUGGCCAUAGGAAGUGGCCCUCAUCCAUCCCUGUUGGUGGUGUGAAUGGUCAUGGGAAGUGGUCCUCAUCCAUCCCUAUUGGUGGUGGGAUUGGCCAUAAGAAGUGGUCCUCAUCCAUCCUGUUCGUGGUGUGAAUGGUCAUGGGAAGUGGUCCUCAUCCAUCCCUGUUGGUGGUGGGAUUGGCCAUAAGAAGUGGUCCUCAUCCAUCCAUGUUGGUGGUGUGAAUGGUCAUGGAAAGUGGUCCUCAUCCAUCCAUGCUGGUUGUGUGAAUGAACAUGGGAAGUGGUAGUUCAUGCAGUCCCAUUUCAUUGUAACAUGUCAUUCAUCAAUGCACCUUGUGGUCCUAGCUCAUUUAAAAGUGGCCAAUCAGGAACGUUCUGAAGAUUUCUUCAAAUACCUUUGGGGGAAAAUUAACAGAGGGGAAAAUUGAUUUUGAGCAGUGAAUUCAAGGCUGUACAUGCCCCCACUAGAGGUUUCUGUACAGAACGCAAGCGCUUUUUAUUAGACAAGUUAAGAGGAAUGUAAAGAUCGUUUUAUCUCUGUGAGUUGCUAUGGAUAGAGAUACAAAGAAUAUGAACAUAUCUGGGAGGUUAAUGUUUAUUUAUUGUAUUUGAUCCGUUGUACCUUUAAACGAUCCACUCUAAAACCAUGCUCUCCUAGAAGCACAAUAUUUAUUUCUCAACACUAGGUGUAAGAAGGUUUUGGUACAACUUUCCUUUUGAAGAGAACAGUCCUUGCUUGUGGAUAGGGUUUUGUGGUGCUCCCAAAUGAGAGGGUCCAUGUUGCAUUUUGUGUUAUUUGGAUAAGUGCAGUUGAAUGGGUCCAUUCUAGAUGAAUUGUAUUUAAGGUACUAAAUCAUGCACGUUGUGUAGUGACACACACGCAUGCACAAAUGCUGCUCUCGUUUCAGUUUGCUCAAGGAGCUCAAAUAUAUUCACAUUUGUUUUGUCUUGACAUUUCUUUUUCCUCUUGAGCCGUUUUACAAUGCAAUAUAUGGUAAUCGUGUUCUGGUUCAUAGGGGCCUUGAGUUGUUUGGGCUUGUAGACGUAGACAUCAGGACAUGGGCCCUGCGGGUUCCCACGUAUGGUGAAGGUUCGUUCUAUACCCCACUCAGCAAAGGUCCCCGUGAAUUUCACACUGCCAACAUUCAAAGAUUCUGUAUGAUAAUGUUGGCCCUCAAUGAGUAGUGAUCAUGAAUUAACUAUAAGGAAAUAAUCGUCAUCCAGACUGUACAAUCAACCAGUUGUUGUUAAUAUUUUUUAUUGUUGGUAGCUAAUAUUUUUGUGAGUUUUAAUUUACAAAUAAAGAAACCACUGUCCUUUUAA